CGACAAUCAAUUCAUGGCACUAGGGAUUCCUCAAGACUUCUGCACCCGUGUGCAAUAGAAAUCCUUCAUCUUUGAGAAGCUCCUGCAUUUCGUGUUCUGCUAAAAAUAAAAUACGAAAACAAGAUGCACUCUUCAACUGGUUCCAACAAGCUGUAUGGCGGCCACGGGUCCAGCCACGCGGCCUCGUCCGCUAUGAAGAUAGCCUCCGGCCAGCAGCUGCUAACCGAAUUAUCCCAGACGUACCGCUGCCUGGAGCGAGAGCAGCACGAAAGGGAGAUUCAAUUUGCGGAGCAAGAGGCGAAGAUCAGCUAUUUAGAAACGCAAUUACUGGUCCAGGAAAAACUCAACCAAGAUCUGCGGAAACGGGUGAAGAUGCUGGAGUAUUUGUUACGGAGGGAGCGGCAGGCGAAUAUGACAGUGCGCAACUACUCCCCCUCCCCCUCAUUUGUAUUGCAUGAACAGCAAUACAGGCACCUCCACGUGUGGAGCCUGUGCACGACAAGUUCAUGUGCCUGGUGUAGUGCUGUUUGGGCUUCCGGAAUCUGUCAUGCAAACAAGGACCACGCAGCAGCGCUUGGAUUUUGUAUUUUGCAUGACAAACGAGGAGGAGGGGGAGUUGUGCACUAUCAUAUCGUACAGUUGUAGUUCAGGAGGGGGUGGUACACGGAGCAAAAAUGCGGGGGCUGGCGCGGUGGAAAGUGGCGGAGGGGGUCGUGGAGCAAAGGAUCCACAGCACAAAAAAGUAGACACUUCUACAAGCAGCGGGAAGGAUCAGCAGGACGAGGACGAACACGAGGGCGGACAUGCGGAUGCCAAAAAAGAUGGCAAAACAAGUUCUGCUUCUGCUGAGGAAGACGCAGCCGACAGCAGUACCACUGCCGCGGAGGACGUCGCGAAUGCUUCGUCGGUGCAAAGUAGUGCAAGGAGAAGAAGCGCGAGUACGGACGAGGAUGAAGAGGGAAGAGGAACGUCUGAUUCGGGUGGUGCAGAAGACAAAGAGAAACAGACGAGCUCUGCUGGUGCCUCGUCGAGCACUGCAACAUCUACUUUGAAAACGAGUACGGAAGAACAAGAUGAAACCGAAAGUGGUGAUGGAAAAAUUCAGCCUACGGACAGCCAACCCUCAGAAGAGAAAUCUUCUUCCUCAUCAAGUAGCAGUAGUUCCUCCUCCUCUUCCGCUAAGAAUCCCGCCGACAGCAAAGAACGACAAUCUUCAGCGACUAGUAGAGAAAAAAUCUCCUCCAAGACCGCCAAAAGGACAAAGCCGAAAUCCCGUCUCACCACCCUGCAAGAAAUUGCGGCGAAGCUGCCGACGCAGCGGGCGCAGAGUGCGAAGAGCAUUUUGAGAAAAUACUUGAAAACAUCCGUGUUUUUGACGGAAGGCGGCGCGGGGGAUUUUGAUCUAGGUACAGAUAGUAGCUUUUUGGCAUCGUGGUGUUAUUUGUGAUGUGUAGGGCUAGGGUUCGAUGAUGAGGUGCAUUUGUCAUGCGACGUUGUAUAACUAUUUCUAACUCUAAGUGGUCUAACAGAUGCUCUUGCCAUGCUGGCAGAGAAGCAGGACUACAAAUCUUUUCGGCGCGACCGCGACCACACCAGAGGAGACCUGCACGGCAAUGCGGGGCGGGAUCUUAUACGAAUUGCAAAAGUAUCGUACUUGUAAGAAUCGCAUGACAGAUUUCCUCAGCAUGAGAGAUGGAAUUUGUAAUGUGGAUUUUUUAGUACUUUGAGAAUGCAUGACCGCAACGGGGUUCGCCUAAGUCGGUCAUUUGUAUGCAAGGCGUUGGGUUACCCGGUCGGCAGAGCCGAUCCACAACGAACGAACGAACAAUCUUUAUUCUUGCGAGUGCGAUACUUUUGCAGUGCAUAGUCUUCGCACGGGCGAGAUUUGCGGGAAGUUGAAAGAGGAACAUCAAGUGGCAGUAGUGGCGGUGGAGGCAGUGGAAAUCAACAUCAUUCCAGUAGCUCCCAUGGGGGCGAACAUGACGGCGGCAGAACCUCAACUUCCUCUUCCUCCUCCGCCCAACACGCGACGGCUUCAAAUAACGCCGCUGUUUCCGCCACUGCAAACAACACUACCCCGACGUCCAAGCCCUGGCGACACUACGCCUCGGUUUCCGGCGCCUUUGUCGGCUCGGUCGUGUGUCUCGCGUACGACAACCAGCGGGCGAUUUUGGUCUCUGGGUCCGAGGACGGGAUUGUUUGCCUGUUCGACAUGCACAGCUUUAACACGCAGGAGCACGUGGAGCCGUUUGCGUCGCUCGUGCACCACCGGGCAAGGAAGCUGUGCCAGUCCAUUGCGGCGGACUUUACCAAGAGUAUUGAACCUAUGAUUUUUGUAAAAACAGAGAUUAUAAUUACAUUGGAAUUUUUUGUUCUUUGUCAUGCUGAAUCAUGUAACACCAAUGUGUGAUGUGCAGUUGUGAUGCAGAAUAUGUAUAUGCUCCUUCCAAACAAAUUUCUCAGAUCUCUUCCUCACCGCGGACGCUGCUGGAGACCUCGUUUUGUGGAAAAUCAACAUCUCCAAUCCGAAUUCCACCUCGACAAAAGGCGCUCUGGAUCAAAACACGACAACCACGGUGAACAAACAAGAUGUGGCGCACUGCAGCUCCGAAAUUUCCGAUAUUUGUCUGGUGAGUUGUGGAGCUACGGGCAGUGGUAACUCUAGUAAUUCCUCUUCUUCUUCCUCGGGAGCUGCAACUCCAAACACGACAACCCUUCUUGUCGCCACCGUGCAUUCCGAGGAGAAGAUGCUUAGAAUCUGGUCGACGGUUACCCAAGAUAGUAGUGGUGCUGGCAUUGCAAAUAGUAUCAGUACGUCCUCCUCGAACUUGAACAAAAUCCAAAUCGAAGUGGAAUAUGAGAAUGCACAACUCCCCCUCCCCCUCAUUUGUCAUGCAAAAUCGCAAAUCCAGGCUGUGCCUCUUGGCACUGUUUGCAUGACACGUUCUGGUAGCCCAAAUAGCACUACAUUUUUCCAGUGGAAAUUUGUCAUGCAGAACCGGCAUUCUUACUGUUGCUUGUAUUGCUGUUCAUGCUAUACAAAUGAAGGGGAGGGGGAGUUGUGCGCAGUCAUAUAGAGUACGACGAUUUCAAAAACGCCCGUCCGCUGUGCUGCGACUUCAACACCGGCGCAGGUAGGGCGAACGGAAAUGCUGGCACGAAUGCAAGUGGUACGUCUGCGGUGGGAGGAGGAGGUGUUGCCUCUUCAUCUCCAUCUGCAGCCACUGGUACGACCACCGGAGCUGAUAGCACGGUCACAGGAACAAGCUAUGCUGUUCUCAAACGUUACAUUCUCAACUGUUACAAACAUGAUUACUAUCUAAACUGCAGCAGCUGGUCAAAAAUGCAGGCGAGGGGUAUGUUCUGGGGUAUGUUCGGGGGUGUGUCAGGGGUAUGCAAAUGGCCGUCAAUCACAGGCGGAAUGCAAUUUUUUGGCGAAAAAGCAACAGGUGGGGUAUAAACAUACCCCAGACACACCCCAGACACACCCCAGACACACCCCAGACAUACCCCAGACAGACCCCCGAACACACCCCAGGCAAAAAGUCCGAACAUACCCCAGACACACCCCGGACACACCCCGGGCCGACUUUCCGACACACCCCGGGCAGACUUUAGGACACACCCCGGACACACUUUGGGACCUCGCCACGCGAGAUGUGCAAUGGCGGACUCCAGUUUGUCACGCAGGCCGCCAGCCUGUCGAGCUUCCCGGGCCCCGUUGGCAAGGCCCAGGGACGAAAGGCGCCCUCGGUCAGCGCGGGGGCCCGGUCCCCGCGUCAUGACCUGGGGGCCAGCUUUGGGCGCUUCCCGGACACCGUACGGCCCAGGGGCAAAAGCCCUAGGUCAGCGCGGGGACUCGGUCCUCGCGUCAUGACCUAGGGGCCAGCUUUGGGCGCUUAUAUCCCGGAAACCACCCGCACGGCCCAGGAGGUACAAAAGCCCUAGGUCAGCGCGGGGACUCGGUCCCCGCGCCAUGACCUAGGGGCCAGCUUUGGGCGCUUCCCGGAAACUAACCGGCCGCACGGCCGAGGAGCAAAGGCCCUAGGUCAGCGCGGGGACUCGGUCCCCGCGUCAUGACCUGGGGGCCAGCUUUGGGCGCUUCCCGGAAACUAACCGCACGGCCCAGGGGCAAAAGCCCUAGGUCAGCGCGGGGACUCGGUCCCCGCGUCAUGACCUAGGGGCCAGCUUUGGGCGCUUCCCGGAAACUAACCGCACGGCCCAGGGACAAAAGCCCUAGGUCAGCGCGGGGACUCGGUCCCCGCGUCAUGACCUAGGGGCCAGCUGCAGAUCCAGCGCCAGACUCUUCCUUUCUGUUCUCUUUGUUCGCGGUAGGUUAACGGGCCUAGUGUGGGCAAGCAGAGGGGCUCCGUCCGCAGAUCUGUCGUGGAUCAGGGGACGCAGGCCACACAGAAACACCGGGCUGCAGUGGUCUGCCUGCCCAGUGCCACCACAACCCCCGAACUCGUCCCAGAGAAAUGCCGGAAGGUCGCCGCAUGGGGACUCUGUCCCCGUGCUCGGACCUUGUUUGUCAUGCAAAAUGACCAUGACCCGUCAGACGAUCAAGCUGCUUCGCAUGACAAAUUCUCGCAAGGCUGAAUAGCACUGUAAUCCGGAUCAAACCUGUAAUGCAAGACGCGCAAGGUUCCCCCUCUCACCUGUGCUAGUCUCGCAUCACAAAUUUAUGUAAGAGUUGAGAAUGUAACGUUUGAGAACGCCAUACAAGCCACCUCCUCGUUGUGGGGUUCGAUAACGGGAUGUGUGCGAUGUACGAAGUGUAUCAAGUGGAGAAAAAAAUCACGGAAGAACAGCAUUCAUCUGCUGUAGAAGAAGCUCCUUCUGCAGGCGAGGACUCUACUUCGUCUUCUCAGACCUCCGAGGACACGACGAACACCCCCACUGGGGAAGUAGAGAACAACAAGAAACCCGUAUCAAAUGUAAAAAUGUAUGGGUCUGGAAGAAUGCAAGAUUUGCGAUGCACGUUUUCCAUGACCCAUGAGGUCUGGAAUGCGAGACCCAGCAUGACAGAUUCUUUGCGGUCUCUAUCAUGCCUUUCCUGCAUGAGAAACUCUCUCUCAACUUGGUCGAAAGUGGACACCUUUUGGCACUCAUGCAACACAGAUUUCUGCAUGAUUCAGAUUCAGCAUGACAAGCUGCAACCGUCCACCCCCAGACAUUUUUACAUUUGAUAACCCGGAACUACAACCGAAACUGGCAAGGACACCAGCGAGACCACAGAAGAUGCAGCUGAUAUUGUGAGGAAAAAUCCCCCCUCCCCAUAUCGAGAGCGGAAUUUGUGUUGCUCCUGUAUUUGAGUACACAAAUCACAUCUGUCUUGCUGGAGAGGACUGCAGACCCAUACCAAGCCUGAGCACAGAGGCUUUGACUUAGGCGCUUAGCAUGAAAAGCGUCCGUGAUGUAGGCUCAACAGCAUGACAAACCGCCUCCAUAAUGGGACGAAAGCUGCUGCCCUUGUCUUCUUGCAACACAAACGUGAUUUGUGACCUCAAAUCAGCAACACAAAUUUUCGAAAACCUACCUCUUCAAUAUGGGGGGGGGAUUUUUCCUUGCGGUAGCUGACACGGAGAUGAAACUGAAAGACAAAGAGUCUGACCACGACGGGAAAGAAACAAAAGACAAGGAAAAGGAUGCAGCUGCUGCUGAAACAGAAACUGGAAGUGCAGAGAAAGGUGAUGAUAACAAGGAGAAAGCGAGCACUACUAGUACUACUACUUCAGGAUCAUCAUCAUCAUCAUCAUCUACGUCUCCAACCAGUACUGGCAAUGACAAAAUCGUCGUAGUCCAGAAGGUGUGGCAGAUCAAGCGGCUUCGGCACAUCGAGUAUUGCAAGGAAAAAUUCCCUCUCCCCAUAUUGAAAACGCAUCGGUCUGAAAAUUUGUCAUGCACAUUUGUGACCACAAAUCGGGUCUGUCUUGCACAGAGGCAAUCUCAGGCUGUCCGCCACGUUAUGCAGGCGGUUUGUAUGUAGUGAGGUCACCGAACGGUUCUAACCGGGGAGUUUUUUUGACACCCAGACAGCAAAACGGCCGCCAGUUUUCAAGCGGGCGGAAGCGUUUUUGGACGUAAAAAAUUUUCAAGUAUCAAGCGGCCGGGGCUUUGAUAGCAAACAAGCCCGGUCGAAAACUAUCGAUUCGCACUUGAUAAAACGACGCAGGAGAGCCGGCAAAAGGGGCGCCCUUCGGAGGCGCCCACCGCCUUAGUUUCUGGCGAUUUGGGGCUCCCAAAAAGGGGCGCGCAAAAAACACGCCCAAAAACAGAACAGCGAAACAGCCUGGCACGGCCGCGAUUUCGGAGCAUUCUGGGCGGCCGCGAAAGCGGUUGCCUUUUCGCCGGUUUUAGAGCCUGGGAAGCUUUGCAAAAAGCGCCGACGUGAAAAAUAAAAACGCGAAAAAUAAAAAGCGCCCCCGACGCGCAAAGCCAAUCCGCAUGCUAUGGGCCCGGUUUUUCUUCGCUUUUUGGGCGCCCCCCGUGGCACCCGGAUCGGCCCCAUAGCAUCGGGGCUGGCUUUCGGAAAGGAAUUUUGGAAAUGUGCCAAAAUUUGCGACGCUUCCCAAGUGGCCGCCAUACCGUGCGGCAUAACCUUACUCACGGCGGUAUGGCGAGCCCAUAAAAAGCAAAGCCGCGGCCAAGGCGGCGGCCGGCAAAAAAACGCCCACGACCUCACUACCCCCGCCCCGGCGGCUAUAUUUGGUAAUGCUGUAAGGCCUACGGGGCAGCCGUCUACCAUGCUAGGCGCCUACACCAGAAGGCCCCUAUCUAGGCUUGCGAUGUGCGUGCAAUCCUCUACUGCAGGACCAAUCUGAUUUGUGUACGCAAAUGCAGCAUCACAGAUUUCUUUGGCGAUAUGGGGAGGGGGGACUUUUCCUCUCAAUAUCGAGGUGGCCACUUUCAUGCACAAUCGAGAGCGGGGACAGACUAUGCAUUGCAAAUAUGUCUGGGUCUGGAAGGAUGCAACUUGUCAUGCUGUCAUUGGAUUCCAAGAAAAUCUGUGUUGCAUGACCAGCAAGAGGAAUCCAGUCUGUGCUACGUGGAGAGGGCAUUUCUCCUGUGGAAUAGGCGUCAGGAAGCCCUUCAAAAAUCUGUGAUGCUACGUCAUGCAUCACAGACGUCAUGGGUCAUGGAAAAUAUGCAUGACAAACCUGGCAUUUUUCCAGACCCAGACAUUUUUGCAUUUGAUACAGACGAAUGCCCACGGCAGCCAACACGCGGCUUGUUUCACGGUCAGGUCGAUUUUGCCAAACGUGGUGGCCGCGGGAUUUGGGGAUGGAUUCCGCCUGAUCGACGUUUCUGCAGUCACGGGGAAAGAGGUAUCUAGAAUUUAGAAUUUCGUUUUGUAGUCAUGCUGAAUCGGCAUACUGCGUGGCCUUUGUCAUGCUUGAAGGCAGCAAAAAUCGUCAAUAUGAUAAAAAUACAGAUCUGCGCUUUCGACGGUUUAUCCGACCGACUUUCCGGGAACCCGAACCCCCACUUAAAGAACAAAAAGUCUUACCUGACAAGCUCCCACUCUAAAACUUUGGUCGGGUACGACGCGGUGACUGGGCGGUUGAUCCUGGGCGACCGGCUGACGGGAAAAGUGGUGAUGUGGUGCUUGAAGCAGCGAAAAAUCGUGCAGGAGAUCACCUGCUUCGAUUCCGAAAUUUCCAGCUUACUCCUCGGUGUCGAAGAUGUUUUGUUCGUCGGCGGAAGAAGCGUCGGGAAUAACAUCGGAGAGGACGAUGACGAUUUUGAAGUAUCCUGUGCAAAAGUAUCGAACUCGUAGUAAUUGCUAUCAUGCAUGACAAAUAUCCCUUUUUAGGUAAAUCAGCAUUACAAAUUCCACUUUUCUUCUUGACAAAAUUUGUGAUGCAAUUUAUACUAGUACGAUACUUUUGCAAUGCAUAUGAAAACGGUAACAACAAUGCGGUAACCACGGGAAUUGGGAAAAACGAUAUUUUUGGAGGGCACAUCCGAAUUUUGACAAGAUAGAAGUUUCUUCUUGUUUCAACUUGACAAGUAUACAAGAUAGAAGUUUUACGGGGGGAUUGAUGCAACUUUUUGCAAGCCGGCUAGAACGACACAAUAAAGCGAGACUCUAAAAAGUUGUUGUAGAGACUCUAAAAAGCUGAAGAAACAUGCGAAAUUCAGGUUGAGAAAAAUCGCUCAAGCUGUAAAAAUGAUCUUCAUCUUGCUUACGAAGAACACUGCUGCCUGUAAAAAAUUUUUCAAUUUGACUUCGUCUAUGAUAGAUAAGUUUGUGAUCCUAUGAAUGGUGCUGUGAAAGAACUACGGGGUCUUGUUGUAUUCUUCAUCGGUCACUCAUGUCGCUGGAUGAGGCACCUUGUGUUGCACGACAGUGCACUGGGUACUGUAUGAAACGCUACAACCAUUUAAAAUUUUGCAACUGCGACAGGUAUAGUACUUUGUCACUCAGUAUAAUUCUCUGCGGUGGGCAUGUUGGUCCAACGACAAAGAUAGAGAACCACAAAACUUGAUUUCAAAAAAUUUUGGGUAUAGUAGUUCCAAGCACUACCGCAGUGAAAGCUUCAU